AUUCCUCCCUCCGACUUCGUGCAGAGUUUGAGAAAAUAUCCUCAAAAGGAACAGUAAGUAUAGUAGGGAGUGAGGUGAUGCCCCUGGACUAUGGGAGCAUGGACUCAGAGAGUAGUCCAUCUCCUUCUAGUUCGGAGAAGACAAUAGAGGGGGUGAGGGGAGAUGAGGUGGUGGAGGUUGGGGGGAAUGAGGUGGUAGGGUUUGGGGGAGAUAACAUACCCAUUACAGUAGUAGAAGUAGAGGGUAGAGGAAAGAGGGACUAUGAUGUAAAUGCAGAGAUAGUGGAGGAGGUAAAACAGUAUAGAUCCGAACUAAGGACCAAGGAUAGCCUGGGUCACUUAGUGGAAAAUUACGAGAUCUCGUCUCGAGUAUUAGUUAGGCCAGCCGGGGUAGAGGAGAGAGCAUGUUCUACUCCUCAGGAUCAUUGGAUGCCCAUAUAUUCCCACUAUCUGAUAGCGGGAUUGAGGUUUCCAAUUCCUGAGUUGCUAGUAGGUUUGUUGUUAGAUUAUAAUAUAGGGUUGACACAAUUAGUCCCCAAUGCUAUGAGGGGGGGUAUUAGGAGGGAUAAGGGGUGGUAUUAUUUCACCCCUAGGGUAGCAAAUAGGGAGAGUAGAGCGUUAUUUACGGCGGGUCCUUCAUCCAUUAAAGGAUGGAAGGAAAAAUUCUUUUUUGUAGAUGAUACGGAGUGGGAUAGGGGGGAUGCCGAGGUGAGGGAGUUAGCAUCCUGGAAGGCUACAAAAGCCAACCAGAUAGCUGAAAUAGAUCAGUUUUUGAACACGGCUGGAGGAGUGGCUAUCCCCAAGAAGCCAAGGAAGAAGUCAAAGACUUCAACCAAGCAAGUGGAUGAGGGGAAGGCCAGGAAAGAGAAAAAAAGGGUGGUGGAGGAGGAGGAGAAAGGGAAUGAGGUACCUCAGUUCGUACCUCAGCCUCCUCCUGUUGAGCUAGGGCCUGAGCUCAGACAGUUGGAGGAGGGGGCUGAGGUACGAGCUCCUGGUAAGGGAAAGGGCCCUGUUCCCCCAGUGGCGUCUCAAAGCAGCCUGUUCGAAACUAAGAACAUGACGGGGGCUAGGUGGUUCAUCAACAGCACCUUCCCCAAAGUGGACAAACGCAACACGCGGGAUGAGGCUCUAAGAUAUGGCGGAGCAUCUGUUGUGAAGCACGUUUUAGAGAGCGCGAGCUGGGUGAAUGGUCUAGCCCAGGAGUUCAUGGAUAGCAUGAGGGAGCGCUCACUCUUGUAGAGGCAGUGUGACCAGCUGCAAAAGGAGAAGGAGGAGCUGGAAAAGAAAAAUAAAGAACUGUAAGAGUC